UUUGUAUUUGUUGCAGUUGCCAACCUGACUGUGGUGACAAGUGAUCCCUGCAGCCCUGCUGGAAAGUCCAUUCAUGCUACCAGUGGUCACAUUUCAAGCCCCAAUUUUCCCAACAACUAUAACGCAAACAGGAUUUGUACCUGGAAUAUCACAGUACCCGGUGGAAAAACCAUCAAACUGACCUUCUUGAACUUUACCCUGGUAGCAGGUGAAAACGAUGACUGUGCUGGAGCGGCAGCAGACAGUGCCCGAGUCUUUAUCACAAACGUUGCCUCUCAUGGAGGAAAACCCAAUGACUUUAAGAUCUGUGGUCAAAAGCUUCCCCCUCCUGUGUACUCCGAGGGACAUUUCAUUCAAGUGAGAUUUGAGUCUCGCACCGGCCUUGUAAACAAAGGGUUCAAUGCAAUCUUUCAGGCGAUAGAUGGAGAUUCAGUGUGCCCAACAGAUAUGAUCCUCGAUGAAACUUCAGGUUCCUUCUCCUCUCCUUAUAAUCCAAGAAACUAUCCAUUCAACCAGACAUGUAGCUGGAAGAUUAUAGGGAAACAAGGAUACCGUGUUGAGCUCACAAUACCAGACUAUAAUCUUGAACGUUGUGAUGGCGCUGCUUGCUCGUGUGACUACAUGGAAGUUCAGAGUAGCUUCAGUGACCAAGUGCUGCCUAGAAAACUAUGUGGUACACCAAUGGUUAUUCCUGUAAAAUUUUAUUCCCUGCACGAAAGCUUGAGGGUGCUGUUUGUGUCCGAUGAUACAAAGAUGGAUUAUGACGGAUUUGGGGCAGCUUACAAGCUGUUGAACUACAGUCCUCCAAGUAAGUAGAGACAACAACGUCAUGAGAUCUCAGAGUUCGCCGAGAGAAUAUGUUACAUGCAAUAAACUCACCCAUA